AUGUCCGGCGCACGAAGACCUCAAUUCAACCAAGAGUCCAUCACGGACAACACGCCUUUGCCAGACCACAUUCCUAAGGUGGAGGAGAUAGGAGCCACCUCGGCACCGCUGUUGAGUGCUUCUUAUUUUAUCGGAGACCGAUGCAGAGCGUUUAACGAUGACUAUAUGAAGUGCAAGGCCGAGGCGGGAGGUCGAGGAGAGGUGGAGUGUUUGAGGGAAGGCCGUAAAGUCACUCGUUGUGCUGCAAGCGUAAUAAAAGACAUCAACACCCACUGCAUGCAGCAGUUCAAGGCACACUGGGAGUGUCUGGAGCAGAACAACCACCAGUUGUGGAACUGCCGAAAGAAUGAGAACCAGCUUAACACCUGUGUGUUUGAAAAACUUGUAUGUUUGCCUCGGUCUGUGUUGUCUUCGAAGGUGUGGCUUGUUUUGCUAAUGAUUUGGAUUUCUUUUUAUAUAGGGUCUGAAGAAAACCAUCCCCGAUACCCCAGCCGGUCAAGUCCCUGUGCACCUGCGCAAGAAACAGAUAUAUGCCAACUACCAAGGCGAGCAAUACUAGAACCCAUUUUUUGUUUGUCUCUAUACUGA